AUGAAGAAAAAUCUAGUUUGUGAUAUAAUCGGUAUUAUGUACGUCCGCAGUCUGUGCGGUUUCUACAGCGCUCUGCCGUUGAUGGAACGAUAUUCGACGCUGAAGUUCUUCUGGUUCCUACCUAACUUGGUUUACUGCUUCCUAAACUAUCAGAACGUCAUCAACAAAUUGAACACCGCUCUCUUCACUUACUUCAAGGCGCUGGAGUUCUUCGGUUACUUCUCGCUUUCGUAUUACACCGAAGACAUACACCUCUACGAGUACUACACGUUCGACGACAGAGUCGACACUUCCCGACUGGUCGAGAGCUACUCCAGAAUCCGAAAGGGGCUCGCGUGCUACGUCUCCCUCUUCUUCGCGGCUUACAUGAGCAUCUUCAUAAUCUUCUCGGUGUGCGCGAUGCGAGUGGAGUACGCCUGUCUGACGGUGGUCUUUCUACGCGUCUACAUGGACUUCGGGCGCGUCCCGGUCUACCUGAUCGUCGCUCUGCACUACUGUCGCUCGAGGGCGUUCUUCGAGCGGAUGCACCGCGAUCUGAGCGACCCCGCCUCGCUCGACGUCAAGGCUGUUCUGCAGAGAUACGAAAUCCUCGAAACCAAGUUUACGAAAACGCUCGGACCCGUUAAGUGCGCGAUUUCCCUGUUUGCGUUCUUCGGGUUCGUAAAUAUCGUCAGGAAUCAAUACUACAUGACGAUUAAUUUCUCCGAAUCAGAAAAGGACUACCCUCUGUUGGCCUGUUCGGCUCUUCGGAUCGUGCACAGCGUGGCGAUGUCGUUCGCGAUGGCCUGGGCCUUCGAGACCAUUUCGGACGAUCUGAACAAAAUCAAGCAUUCUAUCGCGAACAAACUGGCCUCCGCGGCGUAUGAAAGCCGGAAGACAGAUUUGACACGGCUCCUUCAGUUCCUUACAGUGAGCCCCAUGGCGUUCUCCAUUUGCAAUGUGAUUCCUCUGAAUAUGAAUUUCCCUUUAGGGUUUCUGACUCUGUGCAUCAAUAAUUUCAUUUGCAUUAUACAGUUGCACCAAAUCUUAAGCCCAUAG